UCGACGGAAAAUUUUCGUGGCAGUCAGAUAUACAAGCUGAGCCCUACAGCGUAGGGUCUCUUGUCGACUCACCAGCUCUCGCAACACUCAACCUUUACUUCGUUAAUCGAGUAAAAAUCGCAGCUGCAUUUGCAGUUUGAUCAUUUUUAUUUAACUUGCUAUUCUUUUCUUUCUCAGCUUUAGCUUUGACUUUUUAGCAAGAUGUCACUAUAUACUUGCCAAACAUGUGCAGUCGCAUUUCGCGAUUCUAACGCACAACGUACUCAUUGGAAGUCUGACUGGCAUCAUUAUAACCUGAAACGGAAGGUUGCACAGCUUCCUCACGUUUCUGCUGAAGUUUUUGCUGAAAAAGUGCUUUCCAUUCAACAGCAAAAUGAGGAAGUUAAGAAGCGAGCAAACUUUACGGAGGAGUGCCCUGCUUGUGGAAAGACCUAUUACUCAAGCGGUGCUUUCUCUACUCACCUCGAGUCGAAAAAGCAUAAGGAGAAUGUCCGCAAUUAUGAAAAGAAGGUGCAUAGUCGUCUGCUGAAACAAGAUGAUGUUUCCAGUCUUGCUAGCUCAACCCUUUCUCUUGGAGACUCAAUUGAGGCUUCAGAGGACGAGAGCGAAGAUUUGGAGACUGAAAGCAGAGCCUUUGCACGUAUGUCUCUUCAAAAUGCGACAAACGUUGUUGGAAACAUAACGGCUCCUACGUUAACGGGUACUGAUGUGAGUGCAGAAGCCCUUGAGGCAGAACUGCAACGCCGCUUGAGUGAAAAAAUUGGUUUGAACGAUUGCUUGUUUUGUACUUCUUCUUUCGCUUCUGCCAGUGCUUGUAGACAGCACAUGAAGAUUUCGCAUAGUCUCUUCAUUCCUGAGAGGGAGUUUCUGGUUGAUGAGGAGGGUCUCUUUAAUUACUUGGCUGAGAAGGUUUCUGUGCACCACAUGUGCCUCACGUGUGGCAGAGAAAUGAAGAACCUUGAGGGCAUUCGUGCGCACAUGCAGCAAAAAGGACACAGUCGCAUUCCUUACGAAAGUGAGGAGGAGCAAUUGGCCAUCUCUGACUUCUACGAUUUCACAACUUCGUAUCCUACAGAGAGUAAUACUGCAGAUACCAAUGUUGUGGACGAUGACCACGAUGAGGAAUGGGAGGACGCUUCCUCUGAUUCCGAUGACAGCAUUGACAGUGUUGAUGCUGACCGCUAUUUGAUUGCCGAUGAUGUCGAGCUUCAAUUGCCUUCCGGUGCCCGUGUUGGUCACCGGUCACUUGCUCGCUAUUUCCGUCAAAAUUUGCGUUCGUCUUCCGUAGUUUCAGCUGGUGCCUCUGUUCAUCAGGAUGUCGCCCAACGCGCCAUGAGCGGUGCUGCUUUGGCCAAGCGCAAUGCUGUUGAAACCGGUUUGGCAGGUGUCCGGGAUGGCAGAAAAGAUUACAGUGCCUCACACAUUAAUACGUUCCAGGAUCAACGCAGACGCGAAGACUUCAAAACCAAAAUGGGACUUAAGAAUAACAACAAAAAGCAUUUCCGUGAUGCCUUGCUGCAAUAAACAGCUUCAUCUAACCAAUCUGCUGGCACCGUUGUCUUUGAGACAUCUAACAUUUACAAGCCAGCAGUACCCAUUUUUCUUCGGCCUAUAUUCACUCCUUCGUUUGUAAAUGUGUUUUUCUUUGUAUGGAAGUUUAACUUUUUGACUGCAGUCUCUACAGGAUUGCACUACUCUUCUUAGAUUGAGUAAAAGAUACUCUGUAAUCCGGUUCACAAGUUUUGAGCCAUUAUAUCUAGGUAGUUCUCUUUAAAACCGAAUCCUUGCCCCUCUUUCAUUAGCGUAUGCAAGAGCAAUUGAUGUAUUUAUGUGUAUCAAAAAUUUUGAAAAUGAUGGUAUCGAGCUA